AUGUGGUCCAACACCAGCUUUGACUAUCUUCGUCGCUUACCCUCCAACAUCAAGCUACGAAGAAGAAGAAGUCGAAGCUUUCUAUAUGGACCUGGAGAAUUCAACGCCAAAGUUGGCCCAAGAAGAACGCCGGAGGAACUUCACAUCUGGACUCACGGCCUACAAUGGAACGACCAAGUGGAGAGGCUCUCCAAGUUCAUCAUGACGACUAAGACCAUCCAUGGGAACUUGCAAUUCGAGAAGCCCUCCUCUCUACGCUGGACGUGGGAGUCACCCGGUGGAGGGUACCGUAAUAAAAUAGACCACAUCAUCGUCAAUAAAAGGUUCUGCCUGACGGACGUCGCUGCUGUACCAAAGUUCUAUGCGGGAUCGGACCACCGCCUCCUUCGAGAAAGAUUUUCCUUCACAAGGAGAGCGGAGAAAGCCGCCAAGUUCAGAGAGAGAAAUCCCAGGACUAUCAUCAACUGGGAUCUCUUCGCUACGCUAGCCAGCUUUUGCACACCCAGCAUCAGCCAAGCGGAACGAAUGCUGACCGAAUUCGACGAAACAUGUGGAUGUAUCGGUCUUCAGCUGAAUCUGCAAAAGACGAUGUUCAUGCGUAACGGCUGGAUCUCAGAUGCUCCAUUCACGCUCAACGGAACGAAAAUAUCCGAAUGCACCAGCUACGUUUAUCUGGAUCGGGAAUUGAACAUGAUGCCGUGA